AUGAUUCAAAACCAUCAAACGCUUCAGCAUCUAUCGUUUUCGGGACUCUCUGUAAUCACGCAGCUUUCUUCACAAGGGAUCGAUCCAGAUGCUUUCUCUCAUUGUCUCGUCGGAAACGGUGGUGGUGGUGGGAUUUUGGUUCUAGAUCAGAUAAUCGAGCCAACCAUGGUGUAUACUCCAUUAAUCCAGUCACAAACUACAAAUGAUUGGGAUGACUACUCAAGAUAUGUGAAUCCUGAUGGAGUUGAUUUAUCUCAUGGUAUUUAUGGUCAUGGUUAUGCACCAUAUGGACCAUAUUCUCCUGAUGUCUCACCUAUGCCAACAGUAGGUCAAUAUGGUGAACUCUAUGGGGCCCAACAUUACCAGUACCCUACUUCUUACUUCCCACCUAUGACCCCUACAACCCCUUACUCUCCAACGCCUCCAAAGGGUGAAAUCACAACAACUAAAGAGGAACAUGCUUUAUCUUUUGACACAACUAAAGGAAACCCAAAUGGUGUGAAGAGGAACACUGCUUCUACCCCUGUGAGGCCAACUUCAUAUCAAAAUUUAUCUUUCAAUCCAAAUGGAACCUAUAGAAGAGGUUUUUGCUGUUUGCAGCCUCAGGUAGAAGUUAAGAGUUUUCCAGCAGAAGCAAUCAAUCCUCUUGCUUGUAAUACUGAUGGUACUUACAUAGUAGUAGGAGGAGGAGUUUCAGGUCAUAUUUACUUGUGGGGGGUUGCAACUAGUAGAUUAUUAAAGAAAUGGCAUCGUCGCUAUAGGCCUGUUACUUGCUUGGUCUUUUCUAAUGAUCAAUCACUUUUGAUUUCUGGAUCUGAGGAUGGAACUGUUAGAGUCUGGUCACUUCUGAUUUUCACUGGUCAUGCUUUACCUGUAACUGACAUUGUCAAGGGUUAUGGAGGAUCCAAUGCAAUUAUCUUAUCUGUUUCACUAGAUCGUACUUGCAAGUUGCAUCAGAUCCAGGGGAACAUGUUUUUUUAUGCUGGUGGGAGAGAUGGGAAAAUAUACAUUGCAGAACUCAAUGCUCAAGUCACAUCCAACAACAACAACAACAACAACAACAACAACUAUGGUUUGCAUAUCAUUGGCACAUCCAAACACUACUUCAAAGUUCAAAGUAGGAAGUAG